UUAAAUACAUUAUAGUUUAGUCAGUUGUAAGAAUUGGUCGUCUGUGAGAACUAAUGCGAGUUUAAAUAUUCCAGUUAUCAUAAUGAAACUACUCUCGUCAUUAAUAACGCUAUGUACAAUACAAUCAGUGAUAUCGUCGUAUUGUUUUUGGAACACGGGGUGUCCGUAUAAAUAUUUUUCUAACAAAACGCCAUAUAAUUCUGUCAGAGGUGAUAUACGGGAUUCUGCUAUUAAACUAACCGGAUGUGAACCAGUCAGUAUUUGGAGUCUAAUAAGACAUGGCCAAAGGAACCCGGGCACGGAAUUUGGCAUACACAUGAAAGCUGCUCUAGUAAUAAGUGAUUACCUCAAGUCAGCCUACGAGAAAGGAGACAGUUCACUCUGCGCUCAAGAUAUCGAGAAUUUACGCAAUUGGCCUAUCAACAAGGACUUGUUUGAUAAACCAUUUCAACUUACUAAAGAAGGUUUUCUUGAAUCUGAAGGCAUUGGAAGAAGACUGAAACAGGCAUUCCCAAAAUUACUUGAAAACUUAGAAAGUAAUGAGUAUUUGUUCCGACCCGCGCCUGGACCCUGGAUGGCAGAAAGUGUCAAUGGUUUUGUUCAAGGAAUUUCCAGUAAACCUUUGACCAUAGAGUCACCUAGAACUGACUUUGAUAUUUUGUCCCCUUAUGACAACUGUCCCAAGUACUUGAAAGAAGUAAAAACUAAUCCAGAAACCUAUGCCCCAUCGAUGAAGUAUCAAACUUCUUCAGAGUAUCUUGUGUCAAAAGACAGAAUCCAACGACGCCUGGGUAUCGAUUAUCCUCUGACACCAACAAAUAUAACAGCUUUGUACGACUUGUGCCGUUACACUUCUUCGGGAAUUACAAACACAUUCAGCCCGUGGUGUGCCCUGUUUACGACCGAAGAUUUGAAAGUUAUGGAGUAUGUAGCCGACUUGAGACAUUACUACAAAAGUGGUUACGGAACACCCAUGAGCGAGCUAUUCGGCCAGAUUACUUUGACCGACCUACUUAAAAGUUUUCAAGAAGCUAAGAGUGGAAAGGGGAGAAAAAUUACGGCUUAUAUUUCUCAUGCUACUAUGAUGGAUAUGUUGCACACAGCCCUUAAAUUAUUCAAAGAUGACGCGCCCUUAUCUAGUUCAAAGAGGAAGCCCGAUAGGAAAUGGAGAAGUAGCAAGCUGGCCAUAUUUUCCGCUAAUUUAAUGGCUGUCCUUAACAAAUGUAAUAAGGGACCUGAUGACUACAAUGUGGUAUUCUACCUGAACGAAGAACCUUUACAAGCAAUAUGUAAAGAAGGCGUGUGCACUUGGAAAGAAUUCGAAGAUAAACUGACGCCGUUUUUGAACACAAAUACUGAAUUCUGUAACGUGGAACCUUCAUCAUAGUUAUUUAUUUAGAAAAUGUACUAAAAUAUUCAAGAGUUGUUAAUUUUAUUAUUAUUCUGAUUUAUUUUAUUAAACAAACGAUAAAUAAUCUUUAA